UGGGCCAAGUUCAACAGACGCCCAUGGUGGCCAUGCACAAUUUGUCAUGACCCAGUGCUGGACUGUCACUCAAAAAUGAAAGUUUCCAAUCGGAGACCGUACCGAGAGUAUUAUGUGGAUGCCUUAGGAGAGCCUUCAGAGAAAGCCUGGGUUGCUGGAAAAGCUAUUGUCCUCUUUGAGGGAAGACAUCAGUUUGAAGAGCUGCCUAUUCUUCGGAGAAGAGGAAAGCAAAAAGAAAAAGGCUACAAACAUAAGGUUCCUCAAAGAUUUAUGGCUAAAUGGGAAGUCAGUGUCGGACAGGCAGAAGACAUUCUUCUUGGGGGGCCCGAGGAUCAAAAGUGCAGCCAGAACUCCAGCGAGCUGGACAGUGAGAAGGAAGCGCAGCUGGAAUACUAUGCCAAUGGCCCUGGAGCAGAAAGGGACAGGCAGCUGAAUGGUUGUUUUAAAUCCUUGGCGUUUGACUCCAGACACCCGGCCGGUGAAAAAGGAAAGUUGCACAUUAAGCCACAUAUGAAGAAGAGCUCUGACAGUAGAAAAAGGACUAGAGUAAAAAAGAGUGGCACAAGAGGGGAAGUAUCUAGGGUAGAAAUCAAAGAAAAGGCAUCAGAGAGCAUAGUUAGAAACAUGAUUGUUGGGGACCUGCCAGAUAAACAUGCAUCUCAUGAACUUCGUCGCAUUGCAAACAGUCUAACAGCAUCCAGUGGCCCCAGGGAAAACCAUUUGCUUUCCUCCUUUGGAGAAAGACGUUUUGAAAAGGCAAGUUUGAAACCAGAGUAUGAGACUCGUAAAAGUGAUACUCUGAAGAACGCACUCCAGGGGGAUUUGUUUUCCAGUGCAUCUUUGGAGAGAGAGAAGAGCUCCCUGGGCAUUCUGUGCAGUUCCAAAUUACAAAUACACUAUUCUGCAUCUGAUAAUACUGGUAUUGAGAAAAAGCAAACCGAAUCGGAUACGUCCUCUUCGCUCUCCGAUGAUGGAAACAGUGAUGUCGAUACCAUGGACCAAAGUUCAGAGAGAGCCUCUAGCACUCUUGAAGUUAGUGAUUCUUCAGAUAAAAUGGAGAAGGAGUUUCCUAUGACGUCAAGUGGAAACAUUAAGCUUUCCAUGUACCUGUCUCAGAAGAGCAGCAGAAGGGCCAGGAAGAAGUCACACAGAGAUCGCAAACCUCUGGGAGGUUCAGUAGCCGGCAAACUUGAUGCUCGGUUUGCAGAUGGGGAGCUUGAAGGAGGCUCCUCUGAUGCUGAGAUGUCACUGAUGGCUCUUGAGUGUUCUUCAGAUGUGAGAAAUGACAAUCUUUCCAUAGUAAACAAGCACACUACUCCUCAAAGUGUUUCCAAGGACAGCUCCUGGGCUGCUGUUCCAAAACAAGCAAUCUUAAAACAGAAAAGCAUGAAACCGCCCCGGAUCAGGAGUAUAAAAUGCAAACAUAAAGAAAAAGUUGCUGGCUUGGAACCUCCUCUCGCAGAAGAGGAGCGUGGCGUGAAUUGCUGCUCUCCUGAUACCAAAGGUUUCUCUGGCCUUCGUAGAGAUUCUCUUCCUAAAAGUGGAAAAGUUGGUGGUCAGAAAUUAUUAAACAGCAUGCAUGAGAAACCCAGGGAUUCUGCUGAAAUAGAAACGGCUGUGGUGAAACAUGUCUUGUCAGAGCUGAAGGAACUGUCUUAUCGGUCCAUAAAUGAUGAUGCUAGCGACUCUGGCACGCCGAAGGCCACAGUACCUUUACUUUUUUCUUCCGCUUCUGGUCACAGUCGUUUGCCUAUUGAGCCAGAUUACAAAUUCAGCACCUUGUUAAUGAUGUUGAAGGAUAUGCAUGAUAGUAAGACAAAAGAGCAGCAACUGAUGGCUACUCAGAAUAUGGUCCAGUAUCGAAAUACCAGUACAGCUGAUGGCUCUGGAAGCAACUCUGCGAGUGGUCUGAAGUCCUUGGCUGUUGUAGGCCCCUCAUAUAAAAUAGAAAAAAAUGGGGAUUGCUUGCAGGAAACAGUAAAUCCGAACUCCAAUAUAAGCAACUCAUUUUCACGCAAUCCUACAACCAAGUUAACAGGGGUUGGUACUAGCAAAAGGGACCCCGCGAAUACCGCUGUUUCUGGGACAAAUGGCACAAAUUGCAUAUCCAAACGCAACUGUUCAAAAUCUAAGCAACCAUCAAAACUUGGAGAUAAAACAAUUCCAAACAGAAAGGACUUAAAACCAGGAGGGCCAAUACAUUCAGAGAGGAAGCGCCUUAGAAAGCCAAGUAAACGGCUUCUGGAAUACGCAGAAGAAUAUGAUCACAUAUUUGCACCCAAGAAAAAAUCAAAGAAGGGCCAGGAGCAAUUGCGGAAGGUGAAUUCUGUGGUGAAGUCUGAAUUUGAAGGACGUCUUCCCGCACAGCGCAGUCCUGGAAGCGAUGCCCAGCGAGGGCAGAGCCCUUUGGUUUCAACUCCAUCUUCAACCAAAGAGUCCCCUCCAAUCCUUGAAGCAGAGUGCUCCCUCUCAGAACUAGGAUCCCAUUCCACAGAUCCCACUGACCAACUUUUAGAAGGACAUUCAGACUUGCCAGAGCUGGUGCUGUCUUCCUCAGAUGUUUCUGAAGUUUCUGCUUCUCCAGAAGCAGAGGAGAGAUUCCUGAAAACAGGAAACUUCGAAAGCAAGCGUCAAAGGAAGCCCACUAAAAAGCUUUUGGAAUCUAAUGAUUUGGACACUGCCUUUAUGCCAAAGAAGGAGGAGUGGACUCCGCCAAAGAAGGGCACUGGCCCUUCGGAGAGUGACAGCUCUGAGCUGUACUCACCAGCCCACUUCUUGGACCUGGGAGAAGCUCCCGAAAAGCUCUUGGAGAAGCAGCGGAAGAGGAAGAGACAGCGCCAUGCCUCUGUUGCGAUGCACACCAAGAAGGAGAGAAAUGAGGAAGGGCUGGGGGAGGCCCCACACUCUGAGGGGGAGACAUCAGUUCAUGGGACUGCUGCAAGCCCCAAAGAGGGUAAUGAAGAGGGGUCUGAGAAUGACCAUGGAGUGCCUUCAUCCAAAAAGAUGCAGGGGGAGCGUGGAGGAGGAGCAGCUCUCAAGGAGAACGUGUGUCAGAUCUGCGAGAAGCCAGGGGAAUUGCUGCUGUGUGAGGCGCAGUGCUGUGGUGCUUUCCACCUGCAGUGCCUUGGGCUCUCCGAGAUGCCAAAGGGCAAAUUCAUCUGCAAUGAGUGUUCCACAGGGGUCCAUACCUGCUUUGUGUGCAAGAGCAGUGGGGAAGAUGUAAAACGGUGCUUGCUGCCCCUCUGUGGGAAAUAUUACCAUGAGGACUGCAUACAGAAGUAUCCGCCCACGGUCCUGCAGAACAAGGGCUUCCGAUGCUCUCUGCACAUAUGUAUGACUUGUCAUGCUGCUAACCCAGCAAACAUCUCUGCAUCUAAAGGUCGCUUGAUGCGCUGUGUGCGGUGUCCAGUGGCAUACCACUCCAACGACUUCUGCCUUGCUGCUGGAUCCGUGGUCCUUGCCUCCAACAGCAUCAUCUGCCCCAAUCACUUCACUGCGCGGAGGGGCUGUCGCAACCAUGAGCACGUCAACGUCAGCUGGUGCUUUGUCUGCUCGGAAGGGGGCAGCCUUUUAUGCUGCGAGUCGUGCCCAGCUGCGUUUCACCGUGAGUGUCUAAACAUUGAGAUGCCAGAGGGAAGCUGGUAUUGUAAUGAUUGCAAGGCAGGCAAAAAGCCACACUACAAGGAAGUAGUCUGGGUGAAAGUUGGGCGCUACAGGUGGUGGCCAGCUGAGAUUUGCCAUCCCAGGACAAUUCCCGUUAACAUCCAGAAAAUGAAACAUGACAUUGGCGAGUUCCCUGUGCUGUUCUUCGGCUCCAAGGAUUACCUGUGGACCCACCAAGCCCGUGUGUUCCCUUACAUGGAAGGGGAUGUCAGCAGCAAAGACAAGAUGGGGAAAGGUGUGGAUGGCAUAUACAAGAAAGCUCUUCAGGAAGCUGCAGUAAGAUUUGAAGAGUUGAAGGCACAGAAAGAACUGAGACAGCUUCAGGAAGACAAAAAGAAUGACAAGAAACCUCCUCCCUACAAACACAUCAAGGUAAACCGUCCAGUGGGUAAGGUGCAGAUCUUCACUGCAGACCUGUCAGAAAUACCACGUUGCAAUUGCAAACCAACAGAUGAGAACCCGUGUGGCCUGGACUCGGAGUGCAUCAAUCGCAUGUUGCUCUACGAAUGCCAUCCCAUGGUCUGCCCUGCUGGGGAACGCUGUCAGAACCAGUGCUUUUCCAAACGGCAGUAUCCUGAGGUACAAAUUUUCCGCACGCUGGCACGAGGCUGGGGCUUGCAAGCCAAAACGGACAUUAGAAAAGGUGAAUUUGUUAAUGAGUAUGUUGGGGAGCUAAUUGAUGAAGAAGAGUGCCGAGCCCGAAUCCGCUAUGCUCAGGAGCAUGACAUCACCAAUUUCUACAUGUUGACACUGGAUAAGGAUCGAAUCAUUGAUGCCGGGCCAAAGGGCAAUUACGCUCGGUUCAUGAACCAUUGCUGCCAGCCAAACUGUGAGACUCAGAAAUGGUGUGUGAAUGGUGACACUCGAGUUGGUCUCUUCGCGCUUGUAAAUAUCAAAGCUGGAACUGAGCUGACCUUUAACUACAACCUGGAGUGUUUGGGAAAUGGAAAGACAGUUUGCAAAUGUGGUGCUCCAAAUUGCAGUGGCUUCCUGGGAGUGCGGCCAAAGAGCCAACCCACUCUCACUGAGGAAAAGUCCAAGAAGCUAAAGAGACGACCACAGAUGAAGCGCAGGUCACAGGCGGAGGUCAUGAAGGAGCGAGAGGACGAGUGUUUCAGCUGUGGGGAUGGAGGGCAGCUAGUUUCUUGUAAGAAGCCGGGCUGCCCCAAAGUAUACCAUGCCGACUGCCUCAACCUGACCAAGAGGCCUGCAGGAAAAUGGGAGUGCCCAUGGCAUCAGUGUGAUUUGUGUGGCAAGGAAGCAGCUUCCUUUUGCGAGAUGUGCCCCAGAUCCUUCUGCAAGCAGCAUCGAGAAGGCAUGCUCUUCAUCUCCAAGCUGGAUGGACGUUUAUGCUGCACAGAGCAUGAUCCCUGUGGGCCCAACCCGCUAGAGCCAGGAGAAAUUCGUGAGUAUGUGCCUCCCAUAGGAGCACUGGCUAAUGAUGAUGACACCCAGCCACCAGAGCAGCCGUCCGCAGAUACUGACCUGAGUGUUCAGUCUUUGGACAGGCUACCUCAGUCCGUGGCCUUCAGACUGCAGACGUCGGACAAACCCCCUGCUACCCUUGCGCUGAAGCUGCCCCCGUCUGACAAACCCCCCACAACCCUAGCCCUGAGGUUGCAGCCGUCAAACAAGCCCCCCACCACCCUGGCCCUGAGGCUGCCUCCACCAGACAAACCACCUGCCACCCUGGCACUGAGACUGCCACCAUCAAAUAAACCCCCCACUACCUUGUCACUGAGGCUGAAGCCAUCCAACAAACCCCCCACCACCCUUUCACUCCGGCUGCAGCCUUCAGACAAACCUCCUACCACCCUGUCGCUCCGUCUGCAGCCGUCAGACAGGCCCCAGGCUGCCCUGUCCCUAAGGCUGCAGUCAGAGAAGCAACCCAUCAUUGUAGCGCUGAGGUCUCAGCAGCCCGACAAACCUCCCACCAGUGCAGUGCUGUGGCCACUGGACGAGUCUCCUAGUGACUCCUCGCAGCCUCAUCUGCCAAGCAAAUCUCCUCCGGGAACUCCACAGUCAUCAGAUGAGUCGCUUGUUACUGCUGGCGACCUGCAGCUCCAGCUAUCGGACAAGCCUUCUGCCACUGCUGGGGUUUUGGGGUUCUCAGACAAGUCUCUCAUUGGCACCAGGACCCAGCAGCCUCAGCUGCUGGAUGAGUUUCCAACGAAAUGCCUGCAUCCUCAACUGUCAGACAGACUUCUCACCACUGUGGGGACCCUGCAGUCCCAGCCGGUGGAUGAGCCUCCUGUGGCUGAUCAGCCUCAGCUGUUGAAUAAAGCUUCUGCCCAGAGUCCACAGCCUCAGUCCAUGGAAAAGGGUCCCAGCUCUGUGGUGCCACGCAUCCCAGCAUCAGAGAAGGCUCUCGGCCCUGGGGUACUGUGGCCUCUGCCCAUUGAAAAAGUUCCCAGCUCCCCGAUCUCACGGAUCCUGCCCAUGGAGAAGGUUCCUGGAUCUGGAGUGCCAUGGCCUCUGCCUCCAGAAAAGGCUUCCUUCUCUGGGGCCAUGCGACUCCCAGCCACAGAGAAGGCUCCCAGCUCUGGGGCGCCGCGUUCCCUGCCUGCGGAGAAGACUCCUGCGUCAGGGAUGUCACGGAUCCUACCCACGGAGAAGGCACCCAGCUUAGGCGUACCGCGGCCCCUGCCUCCAGAGAAGGCCCCAGGCUCCAGGUCACCGCACAUCCUGCCGGUGGAGAAGGCUCUCAGCUCAGGGUCGUUGCGGCUUCCACUUGGGCAGAAAGCUCUCACCCCCGGGGUGCUGCGGUCCCUGCCUCCAGAGAAGGCUUCUGACUCUGGGGCGUUGCGUGUCCUGCCUCCAGAGAAGGUUCUUGGCUCUGGAGCGGCCCGGCCUCAGCUGUUGGAGAGGCCUCUCACUCUUACAGCCCCGUGGCCUCAGGCAUCGGACAAACUGACUGCGGCUGUAGCUCCUCGGCCUCAAGUUUUGGAUAAGCCUCCAGCUGCAUCAGCGCCGAGGCUGUUGCUGUCUGAGAAGGCGCUGCGGCCCGUCGACCAGAACGCUCAGCCGAAGGAGAGAGGAGCCGCUGCUAUGGAGGUGAAUCCCCAGCAGAAAGAGAGGACCAUGUUACCUGGUGAGCAAAUCUCUUGGUCUGCUGGGAAAGCAGCUACGCAUGUCGGACAGGUACCUUGGCCUACGGAGAAACUACAGACGCACGAGCAAACCCACUGGCCCACUGCAAAAGCCCUGACACCUGCAGAGCAGUCUCCUCGGACAGCAGAGAAGCUACCAGAGCCGACACUUCAGCCUGGCUGGGAAAUGGCUUCAGCCCCCACAGAGCAAACCCCUUGGACAUCAGAGAGAUUGCGUGCGUUUGAGCAGACCCCUCGGCCUGCCAGGGAAGCACCAGUGUCCCCAGAGCAGACGCCGUGGCUUGUCAGGAACGUUCAGACAAUUGACCAGAUUUCUUGGCUGGCUGGAAAAGUACAUACUCCUCUGGGGCAGGACCCUUUGCCUGAACAAAACACAGCGCUAGCCCAUAACCAGGAUUCUGUCUGUCAUGAGUUGGCUGACUCAGAGCCAAAGUGAGGUUGGUGAAUAUGGGAGGCAGGUUUCAGUCUUUUAAUGUUUAGGGAGGGGGAUAUUCUUUGUUUUGUUUUGUUUUGUUUUUUUAUUCACUUCCCUGAGCCCGGCCCCUAACCCAUGCACAUCCUAUCCAUAUUCUCUCAUGACAUGAGCAAGGACGUUCACUUAAGUCUGAGUGUGGCCCAGCCAAGGGGAGAGAGCAUCCGUGACCUUUUCCUCUUCCUUUUACAAAUGGUAAAGCUGAAAUAAAGAGUCCACUCUGGAUAAAAUCUCAAAUUCCAUUGGAAUGGUCACAUUACUGAUCCAGCGUGUUCAAGCUCCAGGUCUGAGUCGUAGGCGGGUUCCCAAGUACAACUAGGGGGCCCUUUCUUAUUACUGUAUUUAGAGGAAGCAGAUCAGUUAGGCUGCCCUGGGAUUGGAGGUGUUUCAGGGAUCAGAUGGUGAGCAAUCAGAUGUUUUCCCUUGCUAGACUCUGUAGAGGCAGGGAAGGGGUUUUAUCUGUUGUCUGCCCAGUUCUCUGUCCCUGCGGGGUUUUGCUUUGCAAGAUUUGUCCAUACGUUCACUGGGAUGUGCUGCGUGCGUGGUUCACAGAAGGACAGGUAUUGUCUCCAGCCGAGUUAGGAGAGGAGCCCACUGCACCCGGUCUGUGCAGUUUACUGCAGCAAUAGGCAAUAUCCACUGAGGCUCCUUUAUACGAAGCUGCGACUGUCCAGGCCCAAGAAAUGGGAAAUCUGAAGGAGGUCAGAGGAAAGAUUUUGAGAUCUUGGCGGAAGCCAUCUGGCAGUUUUUUCAUUCUUGCGUCUUAAUCCUUUAGCACAGGACACACACAGUGUUUUUCCUGCACUUGAAAACAUAGUGACCUAUAAAGCAGCAAUAGCAGAGUAGAGCAGAGUGAAUUUCCCCAAGGUGCUGUGCACCACCCCUGCAGGGCGUCGGUGCUCCCUUUGAAAUUUCCAUCUAGUCUCAUCUUGACUUCUGUCAUUACCGUGAGCCAGCAAACUAAGCGGUCUUUUCUUUGCUUGCCUCAGACAUGUUCAGGACAUGUGUUUGCAUCAUUUCUGGUCUUCCCAGUGGAGUGAUGCACUACAGAGCUGCAAGUGAAGCCUGUGUCAUUUGUUCUGUAGCACAGAGGCAAGAAUGCUGUAUCUGUAUCGGGACCCAUCUCAACAUCUUCCCCUUGGGUAGCUUCUGGCUUAACUGUCUACAACCAAAGGAGACUUGAAUUAACUGGACUGUGUUGGUGUGUGUAUGUGUGCGUGUGUGUGCGCGUGUAUGUCCUUCCAACUGAAUAGUAGUUCUCACACUGGAACACAGUGGGCUCUAGCAGCUGGCUGGCAUUCUUUUUUCCUCUUCUCCCUUUUCCAGUUAAGGAGAUGUUUUGUACCUGGUGGUUGUCAGGCUGGUGUCCAGGCUAGGCCUGCUGAAAGCAGUUGAUUACCUGAGUGUUGAGGCGGGAGUUUGCUUUGCCGUGGCGCUCAUGGGGCAAGCGGUAGAAUCCCAGGGACCGAAGGAGUGGCACCUCGUGACACCGGCCACCACUGCCCUCGCAGACCAGGAGGAGGGCAGGCAUCCUCGGGCAGCGCUGCCCGGGUUUGAUCGGGUUCAGUAUCCUGCCAUCAGGAAGCAUUGCUGACCAGCACACUCUCCCACUCUCGCAACACAUUACCUCUGUGGUUUGCCUGAGCUCCGCUGAUGCGGGUCCCGCAGCCUCGGAUCGCUCUGUGCCAGCUUACCAGACUUUUGUACAGCUCCAGCGUAUCCUUCUAGUUCCAGGCAGAUCUGCAGGUCUCCCCUCAAAGGGAGAGUUUAGCUCCAGGCUGACCCUUUCCUCCUGACUUGGGAGCAGGUCGUUGUUAGCAUUUGGCUUGCAAGUGCUUGCUGCUCCUGGAGUGGAUAGUCAUUAGCUUUGCAGUUUUCUAUGAAGGGAGACAGACACUUGUAGCAAGACAAAUCCUGAUCCAUUCUCCUUUCCUGAUGUGUGCACCCCAAUACAAUGUCCUGCUGUAAAGGCCGGGUGUGCUGGGCCCAAGGAGACGUUACCAGUGCUAUGGUGCAUCCCUUCUCUAGUCCGAAUCAUUUCAGGUCCUUUGUAGAAUAGCUAGCGACUUUGAAAAGCUUUAUGGCUUAUGGAAACUUACUGUUUAGUGUUGUUUUUCCGGGAAGACUGGCAGGUCAAUUCCUGCUUGCUGCUGAAACUAGGGAAAUGCAAGCAGCUUGUGUUUCUGCAGGACUCCUGCACAAAGGGAAUCAGGACAACUCCUCAGAGCCAUUGAGAGAGAAAAUAUACUAAGGGCAUUUAUUAACUUUUUUAAAACAAAAUAAAAAAUGGUAAUGAGGUUCAGUAUAUUAAGUAUUUAUCAUGUGUGAGAAGGAAAAUAAAUCUUGAAUUUACAUUUAUAGGCCUUCCCAUGAGCUGGACUUAGUCAUGUAGAUUGUGUAAGUAGGGUUACCUCCGUGCCAGCCACCCAGCCAGCUGCAGCUGUAACCAGAAAGGUAUCUGCACUGCUCUGUCCAACUCCGCUUUGCAUUGUCAUGUGUUAACUAGUUAUUUGUUUCAUGAAAAAUAAACUGUGAAUAUUUUUGGUGCAGGCUAUUUUAAAUCUGUAUAAUGGAGAAGUUCUCAAUGAGUUCUCGUAAGUGCAGGUUUGAAAAAUCACUUCUAUAGAUCGUGUUUUCAAAUAAUAGGGUGAGGUUCACAGCAGCAGAAGUCUUUCACACAGCAAGCUGUUAUCUAAAAACUUGUUUUGAACAGUGAACGUAGAUUAAACUGUUGCAUGGCGUUUCAAACACACAGCCUUAUUCCUUGCAUCUGACUGUACCCCAGCUCUCUUCUUGUCUCCCUUCAUGCCUUUUCCACGAGGAACCAGGUUUCCAGCGUGCUGCCUUCCAGCUACAUGUUCGAAAGUUGACUUCAGUGUAGCUGGGAGGCUGCUCAGUAAAAGGUGACCUGGCAUUUGGAAACGAAAGAGGAAGCCAGCAAGCUGUUGUUCCCUCCCAGCCCUUGUGGUCCCCUGGGUAAUGUUUUGUCAGAUCAGGAGGGUUUUAUAGAUGUGCCCAGGGCUUGCAGAGGGAGAAUUUAUGCUUUUAGGAAUGACUAUCUGUGCUGGGUCACCUCGGCAAAAUGGGCAAGGCCUGAAAAGGCAUGGAGAUAGGUCCCUCUAGGCCAGACUGUGAGACGUGCUCCACUUUUACCAGCCUGUGUUUCAUCUGGAGGUGAACAAUGUGAUCUUAGGGUGGCAGACAGUUUUGGGCAACAAAACCCUUGUGAAGAAAACGUGGGCUUCUUCAGCACUCGAGGGGAUGCUUACUAUAUGUGGUAGCUGGUAGUGCUUCCUCGGAGGAGGAGAGGGAGAGAGGUAUGUACUGGCGCUACUUUGGUUUGUUUCCUGAAGUUCAUUGCUGCCUUUCAGAGCUUUGCCAAUUUGAAUCACUAGAUGUUUUUAACGUAGAACGAAGCAUCAAGUAACGUGUUGCCCGGGCAGAACAUGAACGCAGGAGGCAAGCUGCUGGCGUCAGCCCGUGACGCCGUGUGCGGGAGUUGCGCUGGGGGAGUUGGCCAGCGCGGCGCUGCUGGCAGAGGAAGGCCAGGGCACUUUUUUGCAUAGUUGAAGAAGGGAUCUGAUCUGCUGGUCACAAGCGGUCUCAGAUCAGACCUUACUGCGCGCACAAGGUGGAGGGGAGAUGACUCUUGUGUUAACAUGCUGCCAUGGAGAGUUUUAUAUACACAAGCAAGGGUAGCUGUUGUUUCUGUUGAGAGCUGUGUCCCUUUCCAUAGCAUCUUAAGGAGGCUCACGGAAACUUCCCAGUAACUGUCCACUUGUAAAAAUGUCUCUGACCUCCCACGGCUCUGAUGGGGGCUGAAACGAUUUGCUGCCCUACUAAUGGGCAGCUAUGCCUGCUGGUGCUGCCUGCUUGCCGGCAGGACAGCCGGGCUCGGAGCAGUGCGUAGCGGCGGCGCCGUGGUGGGCUGUGGUCGCAGUGCCCACUUCACCAGCGGAUUUGCCCGUUGGGCAAAGUAGUUUCCAUUCACUUUUGCUGAUAGAGGAGCUCUUCUGAGGGAUAAAGGCGCAGUUAUGGACUUCAUGGGGACAAGAUCUGCCUGCCAAAAGAGGUGGGAGGAGAGUUGCGGAGGAGGAAGAACCAUGGGGAUGCGUGGGGUGCGUGUGCAGGAGAGGAGCAGGGCGCUGGCUACCAUCUUUGCUCGGCUCAUCCCGUUUACACCAGCUUGCUGGACUCACUCAUACUGGUCCCUGUCAGCCAGGGCUCUGGUGAAUCUAGCCCCAAAGUGACCGUUGUAAGGGAUAAUCCCAUACUGUGUAUCUUCAGAUACUAGCUAGCUCACGGUAGCAUUGUUUAUUACCGUUCUCAAGUUACAACUUCUAUUAAAAAAACAAAAAACAAAAAAACCUUCAUUUCCGUGGACAAACUAUCCAGAUAGUACUGUGGGAGCAUACGUUGUGAUUUAGGAUUUAACCCCCUCCCCCCACAGGCUCAGGCUUUGCUUUAAAGGUGGGGGCAGUGUUAAAAUUCAGGAGACCGGAUAUAUGGUUAAAUCUAAAGAGCAGCAACACAUUAAGGUGAGAAGAUGCAGAGUUAGGGUGCUAGAAAAGCUUUGACUCUGUUUGAUGGAAAAAGGAAUAAAAAGAAAGAAAAAUGAGGCCUAGCCCUAAUGCAUCUUGCCAGCUGGUUUAACCUGAGCACGCAGUUGAUGUAUGUUGCUUGUACUGUGGUAGCCAGCAUCACUACAGGGUAGAGGAGAGUUUGUUUGCGAGACCUCAGACCUUCAACACUUUCAGUUUAUUUUUAAUUUCAGCCUUAACUUCUGAUUUUGCUUGAUGUUUGGAAUAACCGUAAUUGUAACCUGCUUGUAAUGUGCUUUGCCCUAAAUUACCGAUGAGUCUUUCAGCCUUUGCCAGUGAGUGAAUGUUAAAGCAAAGUGUCAAACCGUGCAGCUACUCUGAGAGGAAGCUACGGAGGCGGCCGCUGGGUUCAGCGAGUUCUCGUGACGUGGUUUGAUCGCCCGAGCUUUGUCCGCGCUAGUCACUCCCAUGCGAUGGUGACGCCCCAGUGGAGGCAUUUGCAACCGAGGCUCUCGCUCUUGCAUCGGCAUGGCCUUGCUGAUGGGUGUCCUGGGUUCCCAGGCCCUGGGAGAUGGGACGCUGUAGUUUGGGGACCGCUCUGCCGCUUGCCUGGCUUCAGCUGGAGACUUGCUUGAGCGGUGGUGAGAGGAUGGCAGUGCCCUCAGUUAACAGGAGGCAGGAAAUGCACAUUUCUGCUUCGGCGUCUCCUAAAGUGAAGUCAGGUGCAGGUGCUCUUCAAGCACGGCAGCAGGACAGUGCGCGUGAACUUGGGCUAGAAAAGUGGCAGUGAUGGACAGUCCCUACAGCACUGAAUCUACCUCCGAGGGAAAUCUCGAGAAAUCGGUGAUGCUAUGUCCUAUUUCAAGGUAAAGUUUUAAUCAGUUUGCCCUUGGCUAAGCACUUGGGCUAUUGUGGUGCUAUUGUAAAACGUUUGGCAGCUGAGCACAGUAGGGCUGAACUCACAGCUCCUAGCCCUUGGGCUGGAGUUUUUGUCAGUUGAAUCCUGUCCCGAUAGCUGGGGCCUGGGCUUUGGUGGGUGUGACAGAAACAGGACAAGGCAUGUCUCUCAAGCCUGGCGAGACUCGAUUCCUUUGAUUUAUGGUGGUUUUGAGACUCAAACCAGCGUGCCAGUGGGCCCCAUUAGUGCAGAGAGCGAAUGGAGCCACGUGAAGCAAGCCAGGCGUCUGCUAACUGCAUGUUCUUUGUGUCUGUUUGGUACUGAGCUGGUUUCAGUUUUUGUUUUUUUCUGAUGUUUCCUAGUUGUUGACUUCAAGGAACUGGGUUUUGUGUAUUUUUUUUUAGACACUGGGAACUUAUUAAAAGGAAAAGCAGCAGCACCAGGAGGCUCUCGGUGAAGCAGGGCUGGAGCUGAGGGUCGCCCCAGCCAGCGCGGGUGGGAGCGAGUCUGUUCGGUCGGCCGCGGUCCGUGCCGGCACGGGGGCACGCGGGGAGCAGCAGUGCGGGCAGCACGCUCCACCGCCUCCACUGGGCUCCUGGGCAGGGUGGGAGAAACAUUUUGGAAGCAGUAGUCGCAGCCGG